AUGAGGUCCCGUAGCAACAGUCUGGAGGACAUAACCAAGGGCAAGGCGGCGGACACGCGGAAGCGUUCUGCAGAGCGGGAGGAUCCCUCAGGGAGGGCAGAGCGCCGCAGCCGGCACAGGGAGCCGCCUGACGACACCGGCACCAUCCAGAGGAACCACAAGACGCCCAAGAACGGCACCAGUGGGAGUGGGAGUGGGAGUGGGAGCAGCUCCGCCAGCGGUCCUGCAAAGACAGGUCGACGGGAGAAGACCAGGGACCUUUCCCGGGACGACCUCGUCUUCCUACUGAGCCUGCUAGAAGGAGAGCUGCAGGCCAGAGAUGAGGUGAUCACAGUGCUGAAGGCAGAGAAGAUCGACUUGGCCCUGCUGGAGGCCAAAUAUGGCUUCGUCACACCGCAGACAGUCCUCCAGUCCCUGCAGAGGGACGCCAUCCAAGGCAAGGCUGAGCUCUUCCAGGAGGACAUCUAUGAGAAGCCCAUGGUGGAGCUGGACAAGCUGGUGGAGAAGCAGAGGGAGACGCACCGCCGGAUGCUGGAGCAGCUGUUGAUGGUGGAGCAGUCCCACAAACAGGCCCUGUACAAGCUGGAGGACGAGAAGAGGAACCACGGAGAGUUCAUGAAGAAGAGCGACGAGUUCACCAACCUGCUGGAGCAGGAGCGCGAGAGCCCCUCCAGGUAA